CAGACCACAGACUAUCCUCAUGGUUAUUAGUGGGUCCUCUGGUGGUACUUGUACGUCUUUUGGCGCGAAAUUUCGAUCACGCGGAAGCGGAUGUUUCGCAACCAUUCACAACAAACGAAAUUAAGGUCUUAUUACUCCUAUAUGAAAGAUACAUCAAAGGAAUUUCUUCUAUUCAGUUACUAACUUCCAUUGUACAAAUGGCAACUGAGCCCCUCACCAAAAAGCUAAAUUGUCAUAAGAUAAUUGGAACACAUAAUGGUACUUUUCACUGUGAUGAAGUACUGGCUUGUUCAAUGUUAAAAUUGCUACCCAUCUAUAGCAAUGCUAAGAUUGUACGAACAAGAGAUGAGAACAUUUUAAAAUCAUGUGAUAUUGUGGUUGAUGUUGGUGGUACAUAUGACCCUUCGUUAAAUAGAUUUGAUCAUCAUCAAAGGAGUUUUUCUGGUACAAUGAGUUCACUUGGUGGAUUAAAAUAUGACAUCAAAUUAAGUAGUGCUGGCUUAAUUUACCUGCACUAUGGUAAAGAUAUAAUUGCGCAGGUGAUGAAACUUGUUGAAGAUGAUGAUAUGGUUGAACUUGUGUACACCAAGGUCUAUGAAAGCUUUAUUCAAGAAAUUGAUGCUAUUGAUAAUGGUAUUAAUCAAUAUGAUGGUGAACCAAGAUACUCCAUUUCAACCAAUAUCAGUGCAAGAGUGAGUUCCCUUAACCCCAAAUGGAAUGAGAAAAAUCCAGACUCAGAGGCAGGUUUUUUCAAAGCGAUGAAAAUGGUGGAAAACGAGUUUAUAGAAACGGUGACUUACUUCAAAGAUGUUUGGCUUCCAGCAAGAACGAUAGUUGAAAAAGCAAUCGUAAAAAGACACGAGCUUGAUGCGAGUGGUGAAGUUAUAUAUAUUGACGAAGGUUGUCCUUGGAAAGAUCACUUGUUUGACCUAGAGAACAAACAUAACAUCUGUGUACCCAUAAAGUUUGCAAUAUUUACUGAUCAAAAUGGAAAAUGGCGUGUUCAGUGUGUUCCCAUCGCUACUAAAUCAUUUGAGAACAGGUUAAGUUUACUGGAAGAAUGGCGCGGUCUCCGUGAUGAAGAAUUAUGUAGAGUGAGUGGCAUACCUGAAUGUAUCUUCGUACAUGCGUCGGGUUUUAUCGGUGGAAACGAAACCAAAGAAGGGGCAUUGGAGAUGGCAAGAGCAACAUUACGUCAAUCUCCUCCAUAGAUCAUUUAAAGGACCAUGGAAAGAAAGGUUUUUAGCACGCGCAAAGCAAUUAACAAUAUAAUAGAACAUCAGCAUUAAAAUAUAACGUACAUACUUUCCUGCCUUAUGCAAUCUUCAGACUUUGAUAAUAUAGAAUGUUAACAUCCUCGUAGUUUACACUAAAUUACCGCAUUGAUGUAAUGUCUUCUCUACGAAUCUCUGAAUCAAGAAAUAUUUUCGAUAACUUCAA